UCACUCCUUCCAACUCAAAACCCCAACUCCAAUCCCCUUACCUCCCUCCUGCUUCUCCCAUGGCGAAUUCCGAUCCCCCCGGCGCCGCCACCACCACCGCUCCCCAUCUCAUCACCCAAACGUCAUCACCAAACAACCAAAACCAGCUAUCCCACCCGCCGGCGAAGAAACAGCCUGCAAAGGAUCGCCACAGCAAGGUUGACGGCCGCGGUCGUCGAAUCCGCAUGCCCAUCAUCUGCGCGGCUCGCGUCUUCCAACUCACCCGCGAGCUCGGUCACAAAUCCGAUGGACAGACCAUCGAAUGGCUCCUGCGCCAGGCCGAACCCUCCAUCAUCGCCGCUACUGGCUCCGGCACCAUCCCUGCCUCCUUCUCCACCUCUUCUUCCUCCAGCAUCUCCAACGCUUCCUCGCCUUCUACUUUCAUUCUCGGAAAACGCCUGCGUGCUGAUGAAGACGCUCCUACCAAGGAGGAGUCCGUGGGAAACGGGCCGCCGAGCGGGUUGUGGGCGGUCCCGACGCGGGCUGACUUUGGUGGACAGUUUUGGAGCUUCGCGGCGCCGGAGAUGGUUCUCCCGACGGCGAUGGGGCGGUAUGUUUCGCAGCCGAUGGAUGAACUGUCGGGGGCUAGAGUGGAAAACUAUGUUCCGCUUGCGCAGGGACAUCAUCUCAAUCUGCUUGCCUCCUUUUCAGGGGCGGCGGCGGCUCCGGCGAGUGCCGGCUCUAAUGGGAGGCGGGAGGAUGAACAUCGCUGAUUGUCGUACUUGACUUGGUGGAGUAGGGUUUUGUAGGGUUUAGCUUGGCCUUAUGCUCUGGAUUGACGUUGUUAGUGGAUUUGCUGCUUCCUCGUAUCGUGUGCUUCAUUUUGCGUGAGAUUUUUGAGGUUUCAAAGUGGUAGUGUAGUAAAAUUGGAUGAAUGAUACAAUAUUUGGUUCAUUCAUAAUGUUGCAGUUCAAGAAAUCAGCCAUCUGGAAUUGGGAAUAAUGCUGAUGUGUGGAUGAAUUGGAGUUCAGCAAUUUAGUGUUGCAAGUUGCAGGCCGAGUUGGUGGAGGGUUACUGACAUCGUUACCCGACCUUUAUUGUUGUCUAAAAAUUAAGUGAUGGUGAUGGCGGAAGAAACUCUGUUUUAAGCCAGUAAGUUCUCUGUAUUGAAGCCUAUCUGUAUUUUAAUUUUUUUUUUAGUCAGAUGUAGAACAUUGAUUGUUCGUGCUUAGCAAGCGAAAUAAAAGUUAAAUUGCUGUGAAAA